AUGCACCGGAACUCAGGAUAUGGGAUCUGGCGCUUUGACGAGACGGCUGCAUCUGUGCGGCGUCUGCUGGACCGCGACCGCAAGGACACGGCGCUGGAGGACCUCGAUUUCCUGGGGUCCCUGGCCCAGGAGGAGGAAAGCGGGGAGGGCGGCGAAACACCCACCCCAGCACCCUCCAGCCAGCCCAGGCCGGAGCCCAACCCUGCAAUGAGGGACAGCGCAGCCGCCCGCUCCUUCCUCUCGCCGUCCAGUUAUUCCCCCGGGGACGAUUUUCUGGGCCCCAGCUCAGACCAGGGCCGCCCUGAGCCAUCCCUGGAGAUGCGGCCCCUCGAGCCGCCCUCAACCAAGCCCUGGUGGCAGGGCAUCACCAACAUCCAGAUCUUCAUUGCCUUCAGCUUCACCACCAUCAUCGGCCUCAUGUUUGCCACGUUCUGGGUGGCGGUCCGGUCUGGAGCCGUUCAUUUCAACGAUUGA